CUUAACUUCUGCCAUGGCAUAACCUCCUCUUCCUCCAGCCUCUGAUCCAGCGGGGAAAACAGGCAUGCAUGGGCACAAAAAGGGAUCUAGGCUAUUGCAUCCUAAACGUCAGUAAUUCACAGUCUAAGGAAACAUGGUGAGCAAGGAGGGGGGCAAAUGCAUGCUCACCAACUCAGAGUCUGACUCGGAAGCAGCGCCCUUGCCGUCCACCUCGCUUGCACUGGAGGUGAAGUAUUCCCUGGAAGCCAGUCGACAGGUGAGGAAGAGAAACAAGGCCCUGCAAGUGCGUUUCAAGGAUAUCUGUGAGGCGCAGAACGAGCAAAGGGAGGCGGAGCUGCAGGCAGCGGGGAAAGGUGGCAAGCCGAUUUCGUACAAAGUGGCGUACCGAAAGUAUAUGACCGUCCCGGCCCGCAGAUCCAUCCCAAAUGUCACGAGGAGCACUGGCGUUCAGACAUCCCCCGACCUGAAGAAACGCUAUCAGACCUUUCCGUUUGAGCGUAAAAAAGGCCACACUUUUAAACACGUGGCAGCUGUGGAAACUUAUAAAGGUCAGAAUAACGGUUUUGCCAUGGAGGUGAAGCAGACCAAGGCUGCUGAGCAGGGUUUAGAUGAGGAGGAGGAGGAGGGAGCCUGUGGGGGGAGUGGAGUCCGGAGGACCAGGGCUCUGCUCCAUACUAAUGAGUGCAUUGCCACAGUGGAGCAGCACACUGCACCUGAUGGCCUGUGCUCUGACGCUCUGCUGCUCGCUUGCUCUGCAGACACAGACUGCCUCGCAGACAUACAGAGAGGAAGCGGAGCCGGUGCACAGGCGGAGUACCAGCUCUGCAGCGUCCCCUCCAAAGCCAGGACAGGAUUACAACAAACAGAGGCCGACACGGACCGUUUGACCAGGAGGCGGCUGCUAAAUCUGGAGGAGGGCUCGUCCCGAACCCUGCCGGACAGGGCCUCCAAGGUUACAGGUCCCAUCGCUUGGAACUCGCUCACCCAAGUGGAGUGUCUAGACAGUCCGUCGGUGCGGAGCAAGCGGAAGAAAGCCCUGCAGCUCAACGGGCUGCAGAGUGAAACGCUACCGCGCUCAGGUAGAGGCUGUACGACACGGGCACAGUGUCACACGGGACAGUUGUCUGCCCGGCCUCUGCGGGGCAUGGAUGAGCCUCUGUCACCCUGCAGCGGUGGUUUAGCUGUUGGGACGACGCCUGACCAAUCACAGGAGGCCUGUAAGCAAAUAGUGCCUAUGAAUCAGGACGGGGAUGUUAAAGCACAGCUCCAGGCCAUGGAAAAUCUCAUCAGCUCGAGCCAGGAGACCAUCAAGGUGCUGCUGGGGGUCAUCCAGGAACUGGAGAAGGGCGAGGCCCACAGAGAAGGGGGAGCAGCUUAACGAGUCCUGUAAUUACUCAUUCACGACUCAUAUCUUCCCCGCAGACUCUCCUAUCGAACUGGACAGGACACGGCCAACUGCGACACGUGCCGGAACAGCGCAUGCAUUAUUUACAGUGUGGAGCUGGACUUCAAGCUGCAGGAGGACAAGCUGCAGCCGCUCAUGAAGAGACUUUGCCCUACGGAUGAAACCCACUUCCCCCCUUUGACUUACCCGCAGGAGGCCUUCACCUCCACCCCAAAACGCAAGUCCAAAGCAGACUCCAAGAAGCACGCUCGCUGGAAACUUUGGUUCUUGUGAAACAAAAAAAAACCCAGAGGACUGUCAGUUGCACAGGAUUUACGCAACAUCCAUUCUCAUUUGGGUUAUCCAUCUUAUUCUGUUUUAUCACACUUGGCUCUUUCUUCAAUAAGGGGAAAGCUCUACCACUGGAUACUGAUCCCAUUUUCGGAUAUGACAGGAUGUGUAAUGGGACACUGGGGUGGAUUCCAUGGAAAAUUCAAAAUGUCACGCUUACCAAAAAUGGAUUCAGAGUUAUUUUGAACUAAUUCCUUCAAACAGGGUGUGAAAUUACACCGGGGAAACAUAUUUGGAGAUCAGCAAGGUGAGGAGAUGAAUUUGAUUUCCCUCUGUCUAUUUGCAUAUAUUUUUCUAACAGACGUCUUCGGGGAUUUAUUCUAUGAUAAUGGUUCGGUGAUCGUCACGUUUCUAUUCUUCACCA